UGUCAAAAUCUUCGGAUGUGGAUGACUGUAGAAUUAGCGUAGGUUGAACUCCUCACGUUAGGCUUAUUGGAGAUUGCGAACAUUGUGAAAUUUCUAUAUUACCACACAUUUUAUGUAAAAUCUACAUUGUCUCUUCAUCCUUCGAAUUCCGAAAAUAAUUUAAACUUCAUUUAUCCAAGUUUAGUUUCACGGCUGAAUACUUCUGGACUAGAGUCUAAAGUUAAAAACUGUACCGAACACUGACUAAGUAAAAUUCUAGUAGUAGUACUACUAGUACUAGUAGAAAGUAACAUAAAAAUACCUAGGAUGGACAAUUAUGAGUAAGGUUUAAGAUAUUAAGAAACAGCUUGAUGUCAUAUCAUGGCAGCAGAAGUUGUUGUGACUAAAGAAUUAGGUGAAAAGAAUGAGGAACAGGAAAUUAAAGAAAAAAAUGAAGGCAAUGGAAAAAUACAAGUAGGAGAAGAAGGAACUGCAGAACGGCUCACUGAAGAACCAUUAUCAGGAGAAGCUGAGCAGAAAAAACGGCCACCACCUGUAGAUCUGACUGAAGCAAAACUUCUUCAACAAACUAGUCAUGGGCCCAAAACUCCCAAUACAAGUGGACCUCAAACUCCUGGAACUGCUGCUGAGAGGAAGAAAGAUAAAGAAAGGAAAAUUGGACACAGAAGAGUGGAAGAAAGUGGUCAGAUUACAUAUAAAAAGAUUCAGACAUCCCAAAUCAUGGGCUCAAUUCAACUGGGUAUUGGUUAUGCUGUGGGAAAGCUAGCAUCAAAACCAGAGAGAGAUUUAUUAAUGCAAGAUUUUGCCAUUGUGGAGACUAUACCAUUUGCAAGUCGGUUUUGUUUGUCAUCUGCUAGGGAAGGAAGCACCUUUACACCUGCACAUCACUUUAGUGAUUUCAAGUUCAAGAUCUAUGCUCCCAUUGCCUUCCGAUACUUCAGGGAUCUCUUUGGUAUUCAACCUGAUGAUUUUUUGCUGUCUGUUUGCAAUGAACCAAUGCGAGAGCUGACUAAUCCUGGGGCUAGUGGAAGUAUAUUUUAUGUCACAACAGAUGAUGAGUUCAUCAUCAAAACUGUUCAGCACAAGGAGGCAGAAUUUCUUCAGAAAUUACUCCCAGGCUAUUACAUGAAUCUGAACCAAAAUCCAAGAACACUCUUACCCAAGUUUUUUGGACUGUACUGCUAUCAGUGUGGUGGGAAGAACGUAAGAAUGGCAGUGAUGAACAACUUGCUUCCAUCAUCAAUUAAAAUGCAUCAGAAGUAUGACUUAAAAGGUUCUACGUAUAAAAGAAAGGCUAACAAGUAUGAGCGAAAUAAAGCAUCUCCCACUUUUAAAGAUUUAGAUUUUAUGGAACAUCAUCCUGAAGGGAUAUUACUAGAAGCCGAAACAUUCAGUGCAUUAAUUAAAACCAUUCAAAGGGAUUGUAGGGUUUUAGAGAGCUUUAAGAUCAUGGAUUACAGCUUAUUGAUUGGUGUUCAUAACUUGGACCAAGCUGCAAGGGAAAAAAUGGAACAGCAGCAACAAAAGAAAUUAAACAUUGAAGAUGGAAAAGAAAACAGUACAACAAUUUCAGCAGGAGAAAAGAUCCAAGAACAAGUUUCGGGGCAAGAGUCUGGUGUCAAUCUCAUGAGAAGUAAAUCCAUCAAUAAACAAAGACUUGCUGCCUAUUCAACUGCCAUGGAAAGCAUUCAAGCUGAAGUGGAACCGAUUGAUCAAGAUGAAGAUGUUCCGUUUUUCCUCACUGCUGCCUGGGUUUCCUCAGGUGGAAUUAUAACUAAUAUGCCUGGUGGAAUACCAGCAAGGAAUUCUCGAGGGGAACGUCUUCUGGUAUUUCUGGGAAUUAUAGAUAUUUUACAAAGUUACCGUUUGAAGAAGAAGUUAGAACACACAUGGAAGUCAAUGUUACAUGAUGGAGAUACAGUCUCAGUACACAGGCCUUCCUUUUAUGCUCAGAGAUUCCAGGAUUUCAUGGCCAAAACAGUAUUCAAAAAAAUUAUGUCUUUGGACCUGCCUGAAAUCAAAGGCCCGCACCGCAAAUUUAGAACCCUGGUGUCUAGUGUCAUAGCUCUGAAGCACUCCCCAUCAAAACGCAAGGGACCAUCUGUAAGGCACAGACCAGUAUCAGCAGAAACUGACCAAUCUAAGCCUGAGGGUGGGAUGAUAUCCAAGUCCAUUACACCUGGGGCUAGCAAAGGUGUUAGUGAAUUACCAAGUGCUUCCUCCACUGUAACUUUCAGUGAUAUGCCAGUUGUUUCAACCCAUGAACCAAGUUCCAAGUCAUUUCCUGAAACCACAGUAACCAAGACAACAGUUGUGCCAUACCAAGAACUGUCAAAAUUGAGGGCGAAUACAGAUCCUGUACCUAAUGCAAGAAUGGCUGCACUCCGAGUAGGAUCAAGCAUUUCCAAGACUGCCUCUUCCUCUCUUGACAGAAGUGAUGUCGUUAGCAUAUCACAAGUGACAAUCCACACAGAAUCUUUUGGUAGUGUCAUGUCAGAAACAAGCAGUUCCAGUACUUCAGGGCUUGGGUCAACAAUUAAAACUGUGACAUGGACUCCACCCCACAGUGUUGAAGGUUCAACCCCUACUCAUACAGAAGGCACUCCAUCCUUCACAGAGUCCAGUUCUAGUGGAGAUAUAGCAGCUUGUCCAACAACUCCAGUAAGGAGCUUCCCAUACUUACAGAAAGAUUUUCAUCUAUCAUUGGGAGAAACUCAAUUUAUUCAAGAAACUGAAAUGUCUUCCCCAGGCCAUGUCUUGACCUCCAUUGCUGAGGAUAAUGAGCAUGUGUAAUGUACUCUCCACUUGAGCUGUAUCUAACGUCGUCAUCAUGACUCUCUCAAAAUCAGGUCAGGCCUUGGGCCAUGGUUCCACUCAUAAACUAGCCAGUAAUACUGCUUAGCAAAGUGAAUGUUGUUGACAAGAAGUUAAAAUACUCAAUAUGAAUGAAAAUGAUCCAGCAGAAAAACACUUUUUAUUGUCACAAUUUUUUCUAGAGGUUAUUCUAUUUCAGAAUAGUUUAUUAUAAUUGUAGUGCCACAGUGUCUUCUAAAAAAACAUAAAAUGAAAAUAAUUAAGGCCCUGUUUCCUGUACUUUUAGUAUAUUUUAGUCCUUCAUUCAUCUGUGUGUUUUUUUAGCAGGAUAAGUCCAUUUUUAAAGGACUAGUUUCAGUCUUUAUUUGUGGGUGAGUUUUUAUAAAAUAUCUACUUAUGUAAAAUGAAUAUUUGUAGGGAGAGUAAAAUUUUUCAGUCAUCCUCUGAAGGAUUAAGAAAAAAGAAAUGGUGUUUAUGAGGCAUUGAUUUGCCCCAUGCAAGGAUCACAAGUUAUAUUAGACUUCAAAUAUAAGUUGUUUGGUUAUUUUAUUGUAUAAAGUAAUGCAUAUAGUUUACAUAUUAUGCAUUUUACAUUUUCACCUGGAAAAAAUUAAAACCUGUUUACUUUUGAGUUUCAUAGAGUAUCAGAAUAAUUUGAAGAGUAGGUGUACUUCACAUUUAAACAUUUUCAGUCUAGAAAGCUACAAAACAAUAAUUCAUUAUUAAAUCAUGCACAAUCCUUUCAUAGAUCUGUAGUAGACAUAUGAAAAAGUCCUCAUAAAUGUAAGUUAUCUUGAUUUUUAGAGAAAGUUGUUGGAUUUUAAGUAAAAUUCUUGAUCUAGUUUUGCAUCUUUUAAAAACUUUUUCUGUACUUUAGUGAAAAAAAAAUCCAAUAAAAUAUUCACACUGUUGAAUAAACUGACCAUGUAUAUAUAUAAUUUUGUUUUACUUCUGUGCUAGCAGUUAUGCUUUUAUACUUUAGUUUUGAAGACUUCAUAUUUACUGUGUAACCUCCUUUUUUAUUUUAUUCUCUUGACUUGUUUGUAAAGCUUGAUUUAACUUUUUUUUUUCACAUGCUUUUAGGAUAUUAUGUGUAUUUAUAUUAUAUUUGCAAUUUAUUUUUACCUAAAAUCAAGUAUGCAACUUUUUCGUAUUCAUUAUCUUUAUUUUGACAUAAUUUAUAUUAUCAUUGGCUUUUAUGAGACAUCUAAUUAUUAAAACUAAUUACAACACAAGAAGCAAGCUAUUAAAUCUUACAAGAUAAUUUUUUGGCAUAAGAACUUUCACAUCCUUCCAUUAUUAUAGAGAAUUGAGAAUAAUAUUGUAAAUCAUGUAAAGAUUUAAAACUAAUGUGCAAUUACAGUUUAUUAAAACUUAACUUGAUAUAUUCUACUAUUCUAACAAACACAUUAGUAAUUUAAAAAAAAAAUGCAUUAGCAAGAUCAAUCGAUCAUUUUCCCAAUAGUUGAUAUAAUUAUACGUACCUGUAGGCCUAUCAUUUGGAAUAUCCAGGUUCUUAGUGACAUCAAACGUGCAGUGUACUAUAGUUUAUGUGAUCAGAUGAACAUAUAAUCCCUAGACUCUUCACAACAUAAAAUGUAUUUUAUCAUUAUUGAUACAGUUGUACCCACAUGUAGCUCUACCAUUUGUAAUCAUUAGUGUCUUAGUAACAUCGAGCAUGUUUUAUCACAACUGGUACAAUUACAUAUACAUGUAGCUCUACCAUUUGUAAUCAUUAGUGUCUUAGUAACAUCGAGCAUGUUUUAUCACAACUGGUACAAUUACAUAUACAUGUAGCUCUACCAUUUGUAAUCAGUAGAGUCUUAGUAACAUCGAGCAUGUUUUAUCACAACUGGUACAAUUACAUAUACAUGUAGCUCUACCAUUUUUAAUCAGUAGAGUCUUAGUAACAUCGAGCAUGUUUUAUCACAACUGGUACAAUUACAUAUACAUGUAGCUCUACCAUUUGUAAUCAGUAGAGUCUUAGUAACAUCAAAAGUUAUAUGUACAUGUAGGCCUAUCAUCUGUGAUCACUAGAUUCUUAUGGUCAUCAAUCAUGCAUUUUACCAGUGUAGAUACACCAUUUUUAAUGAGAUAUUCACCAAGAUCAAGCAAGAAGUGAACAAUAACUAAUACAAGUACAUGUUGAUGUAUUACCUGUAAGUUUUCAGCAACAUCAAAAUUGUUACGAGUACCUGAUACAGGUAUUUCUAAAUAUUAAAGUUGCUAUUUGAGUUUAAAACAUCACUUUUGCAUGUUAUUUUGUGUAACUGAUUAGGUAUGUUAACAAUAACUACUACAAGUACAUGUUGAUGUAUUGCCUGUAACCACUUAGCUUUCAGGAACAUCAAACUUGUUACAAGUACCUGGUACAGAUAUUUCUGAAUAUUAAAGUUGCUAAUCGAGUUUAAAACAUCACUGGUGCAUGUUAUUUUGUGUAAUUGAUUAGUUGUGUCCAUUUCCUAAUACUUUACUAUUAAGUAAACUUUAUUUUUAUGCCUUACUGCAAAACAUGUAUUGAGUUUUCUAGUGAUCAAUUAGAAUAUAGACCCAUUCUCUGUUGUUUUUCAUAAUUUAUCAAGGAUGAAAUAAUAAAGAAUUUCCGUAAAGAGGAAUUGUAACUGUUACUCUCAGUUGUAUUUUUUUUUAUUCUUCUGUCUGCCUUUGUUUUUUUUUUAAUAGUUAUAAAACUAUUAUUUAACCCUCUGUUGAUGUUCAGAGAUAGCAAGAGAAAUGUGAUGUUUACGUUAUACCUACUGCAGUAUUUUGAUAUCAGUAAUAUUGGAGUUUAAUUAAGUGCAUUAUAGGCAUUUUUUUUUACAUUAAUGCAAUAUUUUAUUACUUUAUUUAGACAAUGACAGAAAGAACACUAAUAAUAAACUCCAAGUUCAGUUUUUGAUCAUUCAGUAAUAUUAAUGUACUCGCGAGUUGCAGGAAACUCUGGCUGUAUUCUCAAUGUAUACAAUAGUUUUCAUUGAGUAUACUAGUAAAAGUAGUAGUGAAUUUAAAAUCUUGUAUCAAAAAUAUUCCUCUACACUGUUUUCUUGUGGGUUUGUAUGAUGUUAUUAAUGUUCUGUAACUUGCUUGUAAUAUUUACUAAUUCAUUAUUUUGAAGUGAAAAUUGAUUCUCAAAAUGUACCCUGAAUGACAACAUUUUGAGUAAUUAUUUUGUAUCCAAUAAUAUGUAGUGUUUUAGAAGGUGUUCAUUUCAAACAAAACUUGAUAUAUUAUUAUCAGUUUUAUAAAAGGUUUUUAUUAUUAUUAAAGUUUAUUUAGUUUUUCAUGCAGUGAUUUCACUAGAAGAACUGUUCUUAAUGUUCUGACGAAAUGUUUUUAAAUUGCAUGUACAAGGGACAAUUUCACGUUAUAUGACUUUAAUUUAUACAAAUUUAAUGUAAACUAUUCCAGGACAAAAGAGGAUAAAUAUGUGAUAUGUUUUUAUCGGUUAGACUGCUUUCAAAAUAAUUUGGGUUUUGCCAGGAAGAUAUUUCAUUUCUAAUAUAGAAACCAGAAAAGAACAAAACAAUUAUAUUAAAAUGAUUGUGGUAUAAGCACUAAGAAUAUAUUACUAAGUUGUGCACACUUUGUAUAUUUUGAAAUUAUUGUAAUUGUGUUUUGUAGUUAAAGAGACUAAAAAAAUUUUCAACAUCAGCAUAAACUUUUUUGUCAGAUAAAAUGAGUUUAAACUGUGAAAUGUAGUCUGUUGUUUACAAUAAUUUUUUUUUCUAGAAUAAAAAUGUUGAUUUGAAACGUGAAAUAGAAUCUGAAAAGUUUUGGUUUUAAGAUGAGAAUUUCAGGAUAGAAUCAGGUUAUUGACUUACUCAGUUUUAGUAUUUUGAUGUUGAUUUACUCACUCUCACUUUUUAUUUCAAGCUAAUUUCAAUACAGUAAAUUAUUUUUAUAAUUUAAAAACAAUAUCAGUUUAAACACCCAUCAUUUUACUGUUUUCAUUCUUGUAAAUGUAAUUUAUUAUUGCUUUUCUCACUCCUGUAGGGUGUUAUUAGCUUUGUCCGCUUCCUGUUUGUUUUGUUACACAUUUCAAAAAUUGCUGCUAUACCUCAUAACCAUCUAGUCUUAUUACUUCUGAUGGUAGUUUCUUAUAAUCACCCAAAUCUUUUACACCUUAUUAACAUUGUCUCAUAAAUGCCCCAGCCUUCAGUUUCUUCAUAAACAUUAACGACUGUGUCAUCGAAAUCUUCGUGUUGUUUCACUCUUGAUAAACUACAUUGUCAUGUUUAACUACUCUUUACUUUCACUGCUAAUGUAUAAAGGUUGUCUAAUAUGUUUGCUUUUUUCAAUGUCAUCACUACCUAGUUCUUGUUGAUGACUUUUAAAUAUUUGCAAUGAAUAUUGUUGGUUGUCUUAUAGAUAUCCUAUCUUAUUGAUAUCCUAUUUUGUUUUUUUAAGGUAUUCCGAAUUAUUUCUAUUGGCUGACUUGUAUUCACCCAAUCUUCUCAGUCCCAAUUAAAAUUUUGGAUUAUCUU